AAGCUGGGGCUGCGACUCUGCCAGCUGCUGGCUCCGGGGUCGUGCUCUCUGCGUUGAGAAUGGAGAGCAGGGCACGGAGCUCUUCCAGAGAGGCCCACGGGAGAGGUGGCAGGUCCUCUUCUAGGGAUGACAAGAAGGCAAAGGCCGGGAGGGGCAGCAGAGGCCGUGCGCGCCCGGAUGCUGGAACAGAGCGGCAGAGCGCCGGGCGUACUGGGACCCGGGGGGAGCCCCGAGCUCCCGCCGCCACAGUAGUGGACGUGGACGAGGUUCGGGGCCCGGGUGAGGAGGGCACGGAAGUGGUGGCACUGCUGGAGAGCGAGCGACCAGAAGAAGGGAUCAAGCCCUCUGGCUUAGGGGCCUGUGAGUGGCUUCUUGUCCUCACCUCCCUGAUCUUCAUCAUCAUAACGUUCCCCUUUUCCAUCUGGUUCUGCAUAAAGGUUGUGCAAGAGUAUGAAAGAGUAAUUAUAUUCCGACUGGGACAUCUGCUUCCUGGAAGAGCCAAAGGUCCUGGCCUGUUCUUUUUUUUACCCUGCCUGGACACCUAUCACAAGGUUGACCUCCGUCUCCAGACCUUGGAAAUACCUUUCCAUGAGGUGGUAACCAAGGAUAUGUUUAUAAUGGAGAUCGACGCUGUCUGCUACUACCGCAUGGAAAAUGCCUCUCUUCUUCUAAGCAGUCUAGCUCAUGUGUCCAAAGCCAUCCAGUUCCUGGUGCAAACCACCAUGAAGCGCCUCUUGGCACAUCGAUCCCUCACUGAAAUUCUCCUGGAAAGGAAGAGCAUUGCCCAAGAUGUAACGGUUGCCCUGGACUCGGUGACCUGUAUUUGGGGCAUCAAAGUGGAGAGAACUGAAAUUAAGGAUGUGAGGUUGCCAGCUGGGCUUCAGCACUCUCUGGCUGUGGAAGCUGAGGCACAAAGACAGGCCAAAGUGCGGGUGAUUGCUGCAGAAGGGGAGAAGGCUGCUUCAGAGUCCCUGAGGAUGGCGGCCGAGAUUCUGUCAGGCACCCCAGCUGCUGUCCAGCUUCGAUACCUGCACACACUUCAGUCAUUGUCCACAGAGAAGCCUUCCACCGUGGUUUUGCCUUUGCCGUUUGACAUGAUAAACCUUUUGUCUUCUCCCAGCAGCAGGGCACAAGGAAGCAUCAACUACCCAAGUUCUUCCAAACCUGUUGAACCACUAAAUCCCAAAAGGAAGGACUCUCCUAUGUUGUAGGUGAACAGGAAAAAGCAAUGUGAAUCUGCCAUAUAAAGCCAUAUCCAUGAGUGAGGCAUUUGGUCCCCACCCCUGCCCUGCACUUGUUUGGUUGCCAAAUAGAAUGCCCUUUGAACAUAUGAUGUCACAAGAUGGCCACGUGCACGAGAACACAGUGACAGCGAAGACAUCCAACCACACAAGUGGGUUGACUCAUCAUAUUAAUUACAGGAAAGAGUUUUGAAUUGACGGGUGGUCUAAUUUUGAUUUCUGAAGACUUAGUUCAAAUACCCUCCACUGCAUGUUUCCUGGCUCCUUCGGCAAGGCCUCUGUGGGUCCUACAGCCUUUUCUGUGAGUGCCUAUCAGUGUGCUUAUCACACUGACUGGAAAGCCCGGGCUGAAGAUACAGACCUAUCUCUGUUCUGUAUUCUUCCAAACUCCAAUGGAAACAGCCCAUUAAGCUCUACUGCUGACUUAAACAACUUUUCCAGCCUAAAAUUUCAGACUCUCUCAAAACGUCGUCCAAAGGCGUAAGAGCCUCGUGGUCAGGCAUGCUGUGGCAACAACCCCACUUCCUCAGUAGCAGUUUUGUUCCAGUUUCAUUUCUGUUUUAAUGAUUAAAAUAUUCCAGCAACAAGAAACUUCAAGGGGAAAGAGUUUAUUUUAGGGCACGAUUCCAGGUUACAGUCCAUCCCUGUAGAGAAGUUAAGGCAGGAACUUGAGGCAACUCUUAGUCACUUCCAAUGUGGGAAUGGAAGCAAGAACCUGGGGCACCUGGUCAUGUCACAGUCAGUGCAGAAAGCAACGAGUACAUGGUUGUAUGAGUUCAGCUCAGUUUAUCCACUCAUCCAGCUCAGGGCUCCCCUGCCUAGGGAGUGCUGCCACCUACCAUAGGCUGGAUCUUCCCACACUGAUUAACUUAAAGAUAGUCUCUUUACAGACAUUCCCGUGGGACAACCUGAUGUAGAUAACCCCUCAUUAGUCUCUUCUGGGGUUAUUCUAGGUUGUAUCAAGUUGGCAAACAAAACCAACCUUCACAUCUACAUAGCAAUGCCCUGUCUCAAAGCAACAACAAAAACUUAGUCACUUGUGUCAAUGUUCCAAAAAGUAAAUAAAGCCUAGUCCAGUGGUUCUCACGCUUCCUGAUGCUGCCACCCUUUAAUACAGCUCCUCAUGGUGUGGUGACCCCAACCAAAAACCUGUUUUCUCAUAACUGUACUUCAUAACUGUAAUUUUGCAGAAUUAUUCAUACCAAGUCCUAAUUGCUUGCUGUCAUGUACUACAAUGUGUAGAACUAGGUGUCAGAGAAUUCUCUUACUGAUAAGAAGUUGUAUUGAUAAUCGAUAUGUGUCCACAUCAUAUCCUGUAUGUGAUACAGAUCUUGUGGGUACAAGAGUUACUACUGACAGUAGGGAAUGAGGGGGCACAGAAAGGACAGACAUGGACACUGGCAUACUCUGUAAUACAAAGACAUAUUUGUAUUCAGUAUUGUCCAAAGGACUCUUCAUAUGCAUACAGCACUGAUAGCUUAGCAUACACUGCUAAUGGUUUGUUCCAAGUUAACCACUUUCCACAGCCUAGGUACUCCUGGGUGAGAACACUGUUGAUACCAACAGAAACUAACUUGACCUAGAGUUUCAAUAAGUAUAUGGGCCCAAACAUCUACACAAAGAGGAGAAAAUACAAAAAAUAAUAGGAGGAGAAGUCAGGUAUCAUCACAUGCCUCAAAAAUGUGGUCGACCUCUUGACCGGAGGGAUAAGAGUGAGUCUGGCAUGAUUGGCUGGCUGCCUCUCCCUGUAUCACCUGUUGGGAGAUCGUGAGGAUGAUGGUCUGAGAUGAUAAUCUGCUGUCAUCUCGGGUUGCUUGCUCACUGAAUAAAGUACAUUUUUAUGAUUC